AUGGCGGUGCGGCUACGUUAUAUUCUUAACAUGGAUUCAAGCAGCAGCAGCAGUAGCAGCAGCAGCAGCGGCAGUGGCAGCAGCGGCAGUAGCCGCAGCAGCGCCAGCAGCAGCACUGUGACUAAAUUGAUACAGAGAGAAGCCAGGAAACGUAUGUGCAAAGUUCCUGGAUGUUUCUUGAAUAACAUUGAGAAGUUAAAAGAGUAUUCUGGAAGGAAUUUCAAGCACAAUAAGGAAGAACUGGCUCAGAAAAUCUACGCACUACUUAACCACACUGUCUUUGAUGGAAAGUUGCCAGAGAAAAUAGAAAUCAUUUGGAAUAAAAAGAUGCUGCGGACUGCUGGUUUAUGCACUACCCAUGAGAUACAACAACCCAAGAGGCAGCGCUGUGCUAAGAUUUCAAUUUCUCUGAAAGUCUGCGACUCUGCAGAUCGAAUCCGGGACACCUUGAUCCAUGAACUAUGCCAUGCAGCCUCCUGGCUGCUUGAUGGCAUCCGGGAUUCUCAUGGUAUCUCAUGGCAAUAUUAUGCUAAAAAAUGCAAUUCAGUACACCCAGAACUGCCUAAGGUCACCCGUUGCCAUAACUACACAAUUCACUACAAGAUCUAUUAUGAAUGCAUGCUGUGCAAAUACAGGAUUGGCCGCUACACCAGAUCGCUGAACACUGAACGCUUCAUCUGUGCCAGAUGCAAAGGGCAUCUGGUCUUGCUGCCAUUGUUUCGCAAGGAUGGAACCCCCAUUGUGCCCUAUGUGAGACCAUUUGCCAAAUAUGUGCAGGAGAAUUAUAGAGCCGUGUUUAACAGCACGGCAGGAAUCAGCCAUGGGAAUGUGAUGAAAAGACUCAGCAAGGAUUAUUUUGCCAGUAAACAAAAGGCAAAUCCUUAAGGUUUGCCUGGAAUAUAGUUAUGUGAGCCAAAUCCUUUACUGGCAAGAAGUUCUAGAAAACUCUAUUUCUGUAAGGUUUUAAGUAUUGGGGUUUAAAUGUGUUUUCUGAUUUGUUAUUAUUGAUGAUUGUUCUUAAUAAAGAGUUCUUUUGCUAACCA